AUGGCCAGGGAAACGAUCGAGGCCUGGCACAUUGGCACAACCUCCAUCAAACGUCGUGUGGCGCUUCCUGCGGCCUACCCAGACCCCGAGACGCAGCUCAAUGAGCAAAAGAGCAAACGCGAGCCCAGCCUAAACAUGAAUCCAAGCAUGAGCGAGUCUAUUGCGGAUACACACUCAGCCGCCCCUCAACCUGGGUCCGACGAAGGCACAGUCGCCACUACAGCCGUUCCAUCCACUAGUCCGACAGACAAGAAAACGGACAGUCGUGGCGGCGUAAGUAAGAUUGCCAGCCUUGGGCGACGGUUAAGGUCAGUGAAGGUACGAACGACGGCCGCCCCUUCCAUCCUACCGCCCUGACUGUAUAUGUGAAAAACUCGUCUUAACAUGAUCGUCACCCACCUAUAAACACUGUGAGAGGCGAUACCACACUCAUCUCCGACGAUGGAAGCUUGUUUGCUCUUGAAACGUCAGGACAGAGAAACUUUAGUUUCCGAGGUCGCCUUUUCUUUGCAUAUAUGUAUAUACAUACAGGAGGGUGCCAACAACGACAAGGGAGGCAGGGAUGGUCAUUACUGGCUAAUUAACCGUUGCCGGACAGUCAUAUUCAUACCCAAGUUUGUCGCACCCGACCCUCGAUCCCCCAUUCUUUGCUCAUCGAAGGGUAUUAAGUCCAGCGCUCUAUCAACUAAGGGGCAGUUCUUGGCGUUCAGUGCGGAGACUUUGCUUCUUCCAGGAUAAUUCCCGAAAUUCCAAUGAACACUCGAGUCGAUUACAAACAAUUUCUGCGGAAUUACCGCGUAAUGCCCAUUCCGCAAACAAUUAAUGCUACAAGUAGUUCAGUUUUAAGAUGAUAAACGUUUUGACGCAUUCUUAACAAAGGUACUAGCCAAAGUCCGGACAUGUAUAUCGCUGAUUGCUUUCGUUUCCCGUGACUCAGUGGUUAAGUGCGUUGGACUUCUGACCAGCAAGUCACGGGAUCGCGCUUCACUUACUGCACACCUCGGGGUUCGGUAUUACUAGCCGACGAUGACUAAUAAGCUAGAAAUGGCCAUCCCAGUCGCCCUUGUUUUUGUCGGUAAUGAUAUUCUGUUUUCGUCGAAUCUAACAUAAGACUCGGGCGACUGGCCCACGAGCCAUGCUGCACUUUGUUGACUAGAACUGCCGCGCCCAGCACCGAACGGUAACCAUUGCUUGAUCCGAGAAAUUGCCUAUUUAUUUUUUUCUUUUUUGGACUGCACAUAUUACUGCUCUUAGCCAGUAUAAAAAGCAGAUGUUGGCUCCGGCAUUUUUAUUAAUUUUUACUAUUCAUUGACAAAUGCAGCUCGUUUGAGAAUUUUAUGGCUACAGCUGGUCCUCUCUUUAUCUUAUAAAUGCCCAUGGAGGCCCUUUUCUCCUAAAAUAAGCCCAACACCCACACACUUAUCCAAUUCCCGUUUUCCUUCUUAUUGCACGCGUCCAAAUUAAUAUAUCUACAGCAUCAAUGAUAGAUGUCAAUUUACCUACGCCGCUGCAGCGGUUGCUAGCGAACCGCGUGGGCCAUAUACAGACCGCAGUCACUACGACCCGCAGGCUCGCUCCCGAAUAAAAAGGGGGAGAGGUUAAACUCCAGGAAAGUAGUUCAUUAUAUUCUGUACUGAAUGAUUGGAUAAUAGGUUGGAGGAGGUUGACAGUCGGACGAUGACACACGUCCGGCACCGCGAGAGCAGGCGUCUGAAAGCCUAGCGGAGCAGACCCCAGAGCUCCUUGAUGGAAGGCAUAUCUGAGCCGGCCUUGAGGUGGAUUAGUCGUUUUGGAUAACUGUGAUUGACUGAGAACCAGAUUGCGGCUGGUACGCGUGUGCAAAUACGCCCGAGAGGCGCACUGAUGCAGUAGACACCCGGAGUAAGGCCACUAAAAACCUCAUCAAUGAGGGCAAACACCCAAAAUACACCGUAGGCGGAUCUGUGGCUCAGAAAGGACUAGAAUCAUUCUGAUUAUGCAGGCCGGUUGUACUCCUUUGAACUAGUUCAUGUGUCGGAAGGGUGAAGAUGUAACGUGACUUAUUUUGGGUAAUCAUAUAGACAGACCUUAAAAUGCAUCUGCUUAAAUAGGUCCCGGGUAAAGCACUCUCACAAAAAUGGAAGACCAUUAGUUAACUGGGACUUUCGGUACCAGGAAACUGUGUGUCGCUCAUUCUCUUUAAAACCCGCUGACUAACUCAUCAGCCAUUCAGGUAAACAAUGCGAACAGAGUUUGCUAAGGAACAUGAAAGAGUGGCAGUCUGACUUUUGAUUAACGCAAACUUGUUAACGUCGGCUAUUUCCCCAUACCCCGACAGAAGUAUGCAUGGUCUACGCAGAAAAACAGAGAUAAACUUUAUUGAUAUAGGUCAACGGACUUUUUUCCGGAAACCUAAACGAUAUCCACUAUAGGAGCCUGUGGAUUUCAGACUGCUCGAAAAGACUCGUUUGCAAAGCUCUAGGAUCCAUGACUAAUUUAAAAGCGAAAGCGAAUUUUCCUUUCCAGUGUUUAUUUUCAUGUAACUGCUGUUUCAUGGAUGUCUCUAUAAACCCGGACUUUUUGCCGAAAACAGUUUUAAACAAAUAGCACGAGUGCAAAGACGAAAAUACUGAUAAUAAGGUACUGAAAAAUGGGGGCCCCGAUGCGUGAUUAAUAAAGUGUGAAGUUAAUUUUGAAAAAUAAUUAUUCCGCAAAUUUUUGCGGGCGGUUGCGUGCUCUGUCCUCACACGAAUUGCAAACGUUCGAAUGCGUUAGCUUGUAAGGUACGCAGAGGAUUUCUCGGCACACUCAUUCAAAGAAAGGUUAGCACUGCAGCUGUUAUGGACCAACAAGUGCAUUAGCAUUCAACUCGCGAACGAAAAGAACUCCACCGAAGGCCAGGAAAUGAGCCUUAUCAGUGUGACAGAACUCUCCUUACCAAUAGAAUGUCUGCGUCGCGUGUGGCUCAACCCUCGACUGGUCAAUACCGGCCGGUAUUUCGGGUUUCACUGGUUGGCCGUCGUCGGACAUGACUCAGGUGCACACUUACCUUGCGCUAGCGGGAGCAACCUCAACAGGUGGACCUCAGUUUGGUUGAACUUUGAGUGUCGCCAAGCUUUGCGUCGCUUGUACGUUAUCUGCGGCAGUAAAGGCUUAGCCUCUCCCGAGUUUCUGCUUCGAGAAACUUCCUCUGCAGGCAAUGAUAGUCUGUCAUGUAAACGGGGGCUGACGGCAGUUAACCAGAGGAUCGAGGGCCGUGACGAAAUCUGCACUGAAAAUGGCACAGGGAAUGUCAGCAAGGACAGAGGUCGAAGGGGAGAGACGUCCGAGACAGUUGUUCGGAAUGAGGGAGCAGGUACCGAACGUGGCAGUUGAAGAGGUGCUGACGGCCUGAAGAGGCCGGGAUUGGGGCACCGACGGUCGGCUGCUGUGGGAGGGAUGACAUCCAGCUGAGCAACAGUAUCAAUCAUGAAAAGGUCUGUCACUCCGGUUGUCGUAGACGUAAAAAGUGCGACCGGGGUUAGAGCUGCCAGGAAGAUUGGCCGCACUGACCUCGGGGCUGGGCAAUUUGUUCUGAUUGGAGAUGAAAGAGCGGAGAGAGGUGCAGCGACAGGUUUUAGCAGCAAAGGUGGUUCGAUGUCAGCCGGUGGCGGUUGUGUUGGAACGGGAUGGUAGAUUAGGCUGGACCUACCGAACAGACGACCUCGGCAGGCUCCGGGAUGAAGGGGAGGCUGUCUGCAUUUGAAGAGAAGCUAUAUUCUGGGCAGGCUUUGCAAUCUUAGACUUCAGGUGCAAGGGGAAGAAGCAGGAGAAAUUCAAGAUGUUAAAACACCGGAAAAUGAUGGCUUGGGAAAACCGCGCAUUUCUGUAAACCGUCCGGUUAUCUGAGCCAGAUGUGCGGCCGAAAAAACGUCAGAGGCCGGUGCUAAAAUACAUAACUCCUCCGGUGGAUAGCUGUCCAUAUUCAGCAUAUGACUGUAUCGUAGAGCUGGAAGGAGGAAGAUUGCCGUUCGUGUAAGGAGUCACCAGUUAUUGAAAUGGCGGGCAGACUCGAGAUUUCCAAUGUUCAACAACACGGAGAUUCGGAAAUAACUAGUCAAGGAAGACAGAUUAUGCCGGACAAGCUUCACUGACGUAAAAGAGCGUACAGGAGGCUCAGCAAACCAUUGCCGCAUGUAGCCAAUCAGCGAAGGGGUAGCGCUGAUUGGUUUCGAACUAUCGCAUGCCCCGCGUGGUCCCAGCAGCGACUCGACAAGGAGCGAGAGGUAGACAGAAGAACAGCGUGACAAACCGAUAGCAAUCAAGGGAGCGUACUGCCACACCCUCAUCCCCACUUUUGUUUAGGGAAACUCCUAGCUGUGACCCCGAUGCGUUUCGAACACUCAUUAACCUCCUCUUAUUAUUAUUGGUCGCUAUGCUGCUGUCUGUGAGAGCUCUAGAUUGAGCCCUACGGCGCGAUGGACAAACAUGUCCUGGUGAAUGCGUCCCCAUCACACUGAAAUUUCCCCAGGUAACUGUUAUGCAUGCCCUCUUCAUUGAAAAGCCCUGAUACCUCAAAUACGAACUGGAAGUUAUCAUCAGCCAGGCUAAGACGAUUUACAAUCACAACAUCUGUGAUAACGGUGUCAGUUGAUGCCGUCUUUCUGUUGGUACUUUACCCCUUGAGUUUUGCGAAGUUCUACACUGAGGAACUCUUGCAAAUCCAUAACACUGGUGUUCUUGCAGAUGCCCAGCUGAAACAAUUAUUCUUUGCUUGGGAAUAAAUUAUUUGUACUCUGCUAUCAUUUAAUGCCUGAAGGUGGUACUGUGCAUCUGUAUAACUCUGACUCCAUCACAGAAGCGGCAGUGAAGAAGCUUUAAAUGACAAUACCUAAUUUGUUUCACUUAAGGAUGUGGUUCUUCCUCAUGAAGUAAAGAAUGGUUUUAAGAAAAGGGAUAAACUGCAAACAUACCCCGUUAUAGGUGAAUUAAUAUUUUGAGGUUGCCAUGAACGCUGGUCUACAGUCCCGAUAGCUUUACGAAUGUGUGAUAGGAGCCAUGUCCGUGGAUAGCUACCAAAGACAUCCGUUAUCUUCCAGUCCAGUCGUGCAGGCUCGCUAGUCUUGGAAACACCAAUAAAGGACGACCAUCGUAGUUUAAUGUUGUUUUGCAAUCGUCGACCACCUCUAGGUUCAGUUGAAAUGCUAGCAUUUGCACUGACUUCGUUGGCCCUUGUUGCGAUGACUGCUCAGCUAGCAGGAAGAGCAUGGAAGGGUUUGGAUGCCAAAAUGUCAGAUAAUCUCCAAGGUAAGUAAUUGUACUAUCAGCAAAACCACUGGGAAAUGAACGCACAGCGAACUGAUUGGUGAACCAGAAGAAAACAAUUGCAUCAUCUGGUAAUCGGGAGUCCAAAUAGGCGACCGCAUGCCUGACCGCAAAGCAAUUACGUGAACAAUGUCAGUAUUAGAGAAACAUGCAAGGGCUAUUGAGACAGCUACGGUCCGGACCUUCUGUAAUCAGCAACACGUCCCUCAAAACAAUGCCAGAUCUGACGCAAACGGAAAUGCAUAUACCACAGGCGUAAGUUCCAUAGGCGUGGCCACGUUGGUGAUAUUGUUUACCUGAUCUUUUUGUGACCUGCUGUCUGGUUGUCUAUAUGCGAUCCUUACUACCAGCUGACGCAGCUGUCGUCACCAGUAGCGUCAGUUUGAAUAAACAUUCGACCUGUCGUCGACGAGACCGACUGAUGGGCAUACACUGAUGGAACCUCCGUUUAGGAUGCUGCCGGGCCACUGUCACAGCUGAUAAGGUCACUGAUAGAUCCUACUCACUCCGACUCCCAAGCCGGACCCAAUGUUGGGGAAGUAGACUCCUAUAGAAGUAGAACCCUAUCUUAUACAAAAGAGAUGAAGAGUCUUUGGUGGAGGUCUCACGAGGGAUAUGGAUCCUGUCCGUCUCUCUGAUUAUGAGCCUUAGUAUACGUCCAGGAGUGAGAGCAAGAGCGUUGGACCCAUCGAACACAAUGCGCCCGCUCACUGCAGUUGGCUGGGUACGCAUGAUAGUUCGACAGUCACAUCUGACAAUGUUCACCGUAUGCUCCACAACAGACUGAGAGCAGGGACGGUCCACAGCACACACUUGACCAGAAUUUUCACCAACAACGACAAAAGAAUGGAGGCUGGCACGGCCGAAGCCGGGCCUAGGCGUAACGCUACACACAGUGAGAGUGCCAUAAAGACCACAUUGUGAAGGAGCCAUUGCAGCCUGAAUCUCAGGCCACCAACCGACCACUCCAUACAAAUACUCAACACUGGACCGACUGCGUGGUCCAAGUUAUCCCGUCAGUUGACAACCUUCCAAGCCACGGCUUUCAGCGCACCGUGAUAGUUUCAAGCGCGUCGGAUUUUUUAUAGUGAGGAAAGUGCGCUGAAUCGUCGAACUCACUCUCCCUUCCCAUUCUCAGACCUCAGCCACUGCCCGAGCUGGUCAGUUGACUGGAACAGGGAAUGGGCGCAGUGGCUGACAGAGCUAGAGAUUUUAACCACGCUUGUGGAUUAUGUACGCUGUUGGUGUACCUCUGUCGGAGUGCACGGCCCGGGAUACGACUUACAGAAGACAUGGCCAAGUCUGAAACAGCUGCUGCCUCCGUCUUAUUAGCCACCAUCCGUCCGCCACUAAUACAGACGUUUACCUCGCAGCCACUGUAUGUAUGUUGUUUUCACGUUUGUACAAUGCACGCAUGUUUGAUUCCAUCCAGGGUGAGGUCUAAUGACGCUUAGUGGGGUUCGUUGAACUCAGCGCUAUCAAUUGAGUUAAUAGACUAGGAGACGUAAAUGUCUCUUUGAACAAAGGUUGAGGACUUGAAUCCAUUGUUUCUUACCUUACUCAUCUACUAUCUCUCUUACAUGCUGCCGGGAUAAGACUUCAGGUCAAAAAAACCAUCGACGAACGGAUGUCCUCGAUGAUUACUAGAUUGUCUCGAGCUAUGUGAAGCUUUCCAAUGUCCGCCAUACAAAAAAAGCCACAUGGGUAGAGAAAAACGUCCUCGCCUUAUGGUUUUUGAAUUCCUAUUAUUUACUUAUAAGGCCAGCCUUCAGGCUAAUUGGAUCGGAUAGCGCAGACUAAAUUGACGAUUCUGAUGGAGCUCAAAUAGUCUGUCACUGAGAUGUGCAUCCUGGGGAGACGGUUCCGAGUCAUGCGCUAAUGCGGACAGAAGAUACAAAUGCUAACAUACCCUUAGAACGCACUUUUGCGGAAACUUUUAUGGUUCAAGUCGCCAAAGUUUGACGUCAAACAAACUGACUGAAGAAUUAAAUACAUUGCCUAUUAGACUGUGUGUUGCCAUAUAGGCAACGUCCGCUUUCUGUGGUUUGGGUCAGUUUGUGCAUCCAAGUGCAUAUUCAUCAGCAACAUUCGCAAGAAGCAAAACAAGUGCGACCAAAGGUACGGCGGGGAAGGCGGGCCACGGGCUGUUUAUUUUGCCUCAUUAAUCUGCGAGCAGAUGCUGAUAUCCUUCCUUGCUGUAGAUUACAGCAUAGCUUUGUCUAGGAUUAAUUAAGCCACUUUGUAAGCCAGAGGAAGAGCGUCACACGAUGCGAAUCAGAGUAUUUUUAAACCGGAUUGUUACUCCACCAUUGUUUUACAUCCAUAACGGCGCUUAACCAAUUAUACAAGGAUUUUACCUUCAGACCAGACAGCUCCUGUUUGGGUGUAGCUUUUAGUGUUGAUCUGCUUGAGGUUACAUUGGCAAAAACUAUGAUGUAAAUCACUUCGUUAGUUAAUUGGGGAGGACAGAAAUCCUUCAUAUGCUUCUGUCUUCUAACCUAAAAAUAAUUACAGCAUUCUGAAUUGUGGAUUUAAAAUCUUUGCAAACUUUACUCCUUCAGGAUGACAAAAAGAAGUUCGCUUGGCUAAUUUCCGAAAUGGCGCAAAACCUGAAUAUCCAGUUGUUUGAAACAUUCAUGUUUUUAGGGAACGGUAUCGCAUGUACGUCCACUGAUAAAAUGACAAGCAAGGCUGUCUGUAAUCCUUAAAUCUAAAAUUAAAACCUUAACUCUAACCCUCGCCCUAAUCCUAAAACUUGGAACUGAUUCUAAUCUUAAGCCUUACUAUAGCUCUAACCUUGACCCUGACACCAACCUUGGCCCUAAUCUUAACCAGUAAUAUUCAAGUCAGACUAGCGUUGACGCUCGCUGCGAGGCCCAGGGUGUGAGUCAGUUGCAUACCGCCUUUUGCAAUCUGUCACCGGGCAAGCCAUAACGAAACAUACCCGAAUAAAAUAAUUGAAAACGUUUUAGUUAUAAGGACUGUGUUGACUGCAUACGGUACCACCGCCUUUUUUAUUUUGUGACACCAAGUUGGGAAACAGCGAUGCGCUAGAGGCACGUCGGCGAAUGAGUCUCCCAGGGAAAUUCCCUGAGCGCUCAUCAAAUCAUUGCAACUAAAAGUUCCCGAAUAUCCACACUCGAACAAGUAAGCCAGUCAGCACUCCAAUUUCCGCAUGCUGCAGCUCUGUAGACAAGGUCUCAAUAGGUCCCAGGCUCACAUGCUAAAACAAGAGGUCUAACAUUUAGGACUCUCAAGCUAAAUAGUGGUAGGAGCUAGGAAGAUGACACCCUUGACAUUACUAAUUAGUUAUCUGCACGGCAAUUUUCAGCAGGGGCUGUUCUCCCUGUCAUUAAUGGUGACCUUCUCUACAACAGAAAAAUAAUUCAUUAUAAAUACGGCUUUUAUAAACGGUAUCCGCUCACAAAAAAAACCAGAGGGGGCGGGUUCCGAGGCGAUUACUGAUCUAAUAACCCCUCGCCCCAGAAGAAGCAUCGACAGUGAGAGGUAAAAAACUGAUCCGGUUUCAAAACGCCUUGACUGGGAGUUGUCGGCUUAUCAUAAUUUUGAACGCAUGAGUGUAGAAAAAUGUGAUUAUAUUGCCAAUACAAUUCUCUUAAGACCAUAUCGGCAUAGCACUGGCACAGACUCCGCACCAUGGAUCAAUGCUUCGGAAAUUUGUUGAGAAAGGGCCCCAGGAAGACCUACUGAGAGAGGUGUUUUGUCUACUUGAGGUUCCUGCAUAACUGUUCGGAGUCGGAAAAGACUGGCAUUUACUCAAAUUAAUGGAACACAUUGUAAAAUGGAAGCCGCGCUUUAGGCUUACUUUACAUAUGAAGGGACAAGGCCGACAACUGCCGAACUGCUUUCGCAGAAGCGUUUAUUACUCAGCAAGUCUCCUCCAAAAUCCACGCUGCAACUGAAGGUAAAAGGUUGCGGUAAUCACAGUCACAUGUGACGACAUACCCGCACUUGCAGCAUAAGUUACGAAAACCGAGAACUAAGAAGCCAAAAGCAAUUGAACCACGGAAACCACGGGCGGAAAUCAGGCUGCAACGCUUUGUGGUUUACAGUUCGAAUUACUGUGUGCAAAGUAUAGACCACUGCAACUCCUUUUUCUGGUCAAUAUCCGUUACAUAAUCUUGAGAAGACAAAGGGCGAGCCACCCCUAACUACAACCACUGCUACCAUUACUACUACUACUACUACUACUACUACUACUACUACUACUACUACUACUACUACUACUACUAUUACUACUACUACUACUACUACUACUACUACUACUACUACUACUACUAUUACUACUACUUCUACUACUACUACUACUACUAUUACUACUACUACUACUAUUACUACUACUUCUACUACUACUACUACUACUACUACUACUACUACUACUACGUCUGA